AUGAAACCUCCUUCUCAACCGGUUAAGAUAAAGAGUGCUCUGAAGAAAUUGAAGCCUACACUGAAUGACAACUCGACUUCACGGUCUCCUUUUUAUUGUGAGCAUGUCGAUAAAAAAUUUCCCGACUCACCAACUCCUAAAUCUCAAAAAUCUCAAAUAAGUUCAAACAAAGGAGCUCGCAUAAGCAAACCGCCUCCGACACCUAUUCCACUAAAAAUUCCAUUCAUCGAAGAGAUGCCUGUUCCAUCGAAAAUUCUAUUCAUCGAAGAGAUGUCGGUUUUUAUGCAUCCUUACAUCGAGCGGAUCGUAGAUGUUGUGGGGGACAGCAAUUGCGGUUAUCGAGCCGUCUUGGCGUUGCUUGGUAACGGAGAGGAUAACCAUACGCUUGUCUGUCAUCAACUCAUCCAAGAUUUGAAGAGGCAUAAAGAAACGUACAUGCGGUUAUAUGGAGAGGAAGCUAAAUUUGAAGUGGUUAACGAAGCUCUUGUUCCUAGGAUGGGUGCUUACGCACAUGGAUGUGAUUCGCUGAAAUAG